UUCAGUGUUAUUGGAAAUUGAUCGAUCGUAAAGAAUGGAGAAAGAAGCGGAGCAGCAAAGAAAGGUAGAAGCGAAGAGAGAGAAACAGAUAAGAGAAGAUCAUGCAGAUAAUCAUCAAGACCCACCGCCCAAUAUAUCGCCAAUGGAGCCAAUAACCCACGGUGCCUACGGUGGUGGAAUGUACGGUACUGAUGACAAGAGAGAUGAAAAAAUAAAACCAUCCAAACCACCGGCCAGCCAAACCCAGAGUGCUGAUGGGCCGGUUGAUUCUACUACUAUCCAUCUCAAACACAAACCCCCACCUUCGUCCGGUGACAGAGACAUCGAUAUCACUGGCCAAUCUUAUAUUCAGUAACACUCUCCUAAACGAAGGCUAUUGUUUUCUUGGUGUUUCUGUUUUCCUAGUACAACUUUCGUAGCUUAUUCGAUGUCGUCGGACCUCUCUCUUGUUAUAUGACUAUUUUGAUGUUUUGUAAAUUUCAAGUUCUUUUGGGUUGAAUGUUUCCAA